AAAAGAUACAAAUAGAACAAAGCACUUCGUUCGAUUCUUUCACUUAUUUCAGUGCUAUUAUGUGAUGAUAAUGGAAUGGAUGGUUCUCUGAAUUUGCGAAUAAAGAGUUAUGAAGUACAAUGGAGUCGUGGGAACAAUGUCUUUCUUUACUUAUAAGGGGUCUUAUGGUUCUCCUGGCAGAUGAUUCUGAUUAAAUGUAUAACUUCUCUAUGAUACGAAUUUGAUUUAUCUGUUUUAUUGUUGAUUUUUGCUUACUUUUGCAUACUACAUGCAUACUAUAUACUAUCUACCAAAACAUAUACAUGCAUACGCAUACACAUACUUUCACAAACCAAAAUAAAAAUCCUUAUCCACCCAACCAAAAACCAAACCCAAACCAAACAUGCCAAAACACACCUCUCGUCUUCCAGGUCAACCCCUCCAAGAACGUCCAUGGGCAGAACCACAUAUCCCAGAAAUGCUAAGUAGAGCAUUAUUCCGCGAACCCACUCUAGCUCGCAGACAAAGACAGGCACAAGUACAAGUACAAGCACAAGCACAAAGACCACGGGUAAGUAUACAAACAGUCGAAGAAACCUAUUCUUUUACCCACCCCCCUACUCCUAUGUACACCGUAUCACCGGAGACAGAACCUCGAUUUCCGGGUAUAGUAUCUCCUGUUUCUCCUCUCACUCCCGAGAUCCAGGUUCAAUCUCAAGGUAAUGUCCAAGGUAACAUUCAAGGUAACAAUAAAAGCAUAACUCAACCCCAGCCGCUACAAAUAACCAUCGAACCCGCAACCCCCUCCUCCGAACCCCAACAUAUGGCUCACUGGUACUUCCACGAUCAAGCCGCCAAUCAUUAUCAGGAAAAACACGUCUCGAUUAGUACAUGUUCUGCAUAUACUACACUGCAGCCUUCGCCGGGUGAUGCGGAGGUGGUUGCUGGGGAGGAGCGGGGAAAGGGAAAGGGAAAAGGUGUCCGGGGUGUGCGGAGGAAUGCGGGGAAGAGUGUGAGGAAGAGCGUUAAGAAGGUUAAGGUUUGGUUGAGGGAGAGGGAGGAGGUGAGGGGGAGGAUUAGGGGUCACCUGGGUGGGAUGGAGUUGGUUAUUAGGAGAGGGUUUUGUGGGGUGAUGGAACGAUCGGAGAUUAGGAAGGAGGAGGACGAGGGGAAGGAAGGGAAAAGAAGGGGUGGGGAGGGAAGAGAGGAUUAAAGGGUUUCAGGAAUGGAAGGAGGAAGAAGGAAGAAGAGGAAGGGGGUUUUGAUUUUCUUUCCUUUUAUCUUUUUUCUUACUUCCUUUAGUUGGGUUGGGUAGGAAAUCUUUGUUGUAUUUUAUAUAAAUGAGUUAUAAGAGUAAGUUAUAUUAUAGAAUUAUAUUAAUAGAAUAUUUAUCUAGAUGUUUAUUUAAAGUAAUUUUUUGGUUUUUUUGUUUCUUUUUUAUAGAUUGCUUAUGAUUAAUAUAAUCUAUAAUCUAUUUAUAAGUAUAAUUAAUAAUAUUCUUUUAUCAUUUAUAAAAAUUACAAAAAAUCAAUGAACAUACUAGAUAUAUAAAACUAUAACACAAUCUCACAUCUAGUUAUAAAAUACUUAAUACAAAUAAACAAACAUUUCAAUUUUCAAUAUAGAACUAUCUAGUCUAAGAG